AUGGCACGAAUCAAGAAGAAGGGAGUCACUGGCCAGGCCAAGAACUUCAUUACCAGAACUCAAGCAGUACGAAAACUUCAGAUCAGUCUUCCGGAUUUCCGAAAACUCUGCAUCUGGAAAGGAAUUUAUCCUCGCGAACCGCGCAACAAGAAGAAGGCUUCGAAAUCUUCCAGCGCUUCGACCACUUUUUACUACACCAAAGAUAUCCAGUAUCUCUUGCAUGAGCCUUUGCUGCAGAAAUUCCGUGAGCAGAAGGCUUUAGAAAAGAAGAUUGCAAAGGCAUUGGGCCGAGGCGAUGGACACGAUGCGCAGAGACUGGAGCGCAAUGCAUCGAGACCUGAAAAGACCGGAAAGACGAAAUACACACUCGACCAUGUCAUUCGCGAACGAUACCCAACAUUCAUUGAUGCGCUUAGGGAUUUGGACGACUGUCUCUCAAUGCUGUUCCUUUUCGCAAACCUUCCCUCCACACCGACAGUUCCAGCAAAGAUGAUUGCCAGAUGCGAGCGAUUGUGUUUGGAAUUCGAACACUACCUAAUCGUGUCGCACAGCCUACGAAAAUCCUUCCUUUCCAUCAAGGGGAUAUAUUACCAGGCGACAAUUCAAGGCCAGGAUAUCUUGUGGUUAGUACCAUAUCGAUUCAACCAGAGAGUUACAGGCGAUGUUGAUUUCAGGAUCAUGGGAACCUUUGUGGAAUUUUACCAAACCCUUCUUGGUUUCGUCAACUUCCGCCUAUACACUUCCGUUGGAUUAGUAUACCCUCCCAAAUUCGACAAAGCCAGGGAUGAUUUGGGUGCUGAGCUUGGUGCGUUCUCACUGGAAGGAAAUGGAGUCGGCGCAAUUGAGCAGCCUAAGCAGAUUACAAAUGGAGAAAACAAGGCGCCAGAUCCUAAGUUACAAGCAGAAAUUGACAAAUUGAUGUCGCAAUUGAAUAAUGUCGAGAAAGAGCCGGAGGAGGAGUCUGCUACGAAACAGAUCACCGAUGGCGACGACGAAGGAGAGGAUGAGGAGAUGCCCACUGAUACGAUUGAUAAGUUCGAGCCCGCUGCGCCUGGUGGAGAUAUCCUUCUACAGCCAUCCUACUCUGCAACCGAUCCAUCAACCCUUUUCGCCAAUUUCACUUUCUUCCUUUCUCGAGAAACUCCACGACAACCAUUAGAAUUCAUCCUACGAGCAUUCGGAUGCAAAAGAAUUGCAUGGGAUGCUGUUUUGGGCGAGGGAGCAUAUACACAUAACGAACUUGAUCCGUCAAUCACUCACCAGAUCGUGGAUCGUCCACCAAUUCAGGUUGACCCAGAUAAUGAGGCAACGACCGAGGAUAACCAAACAGCACAGAAACUUCAGCCAGGUUCAAGAGUUCCAGGACGUAUUUAUGUCCAACCUCAAUGGAUAUGGGAUUGUGUAAACGACGAAGAGCUAAAGCGACCAGACCUAUACGCCCCAGGAGCACAAUUACCACCUCAUCUCAGUCCUUUCGUGAAGAAGGUUCGCGGCCAAUAUGAUCCAAGCGCACCACUCAACGAACAAGAGCGCGAAGAUGAAGAGCUCGAAGUUGACAGCGAAGAAGAGGAGGAGGAGGAUGUUGAGGAAGACGAUAUGGCGGUUCAAAAGCCUAAACUCCUCACCAACGCCGAAAUCGAUGAGACAGCUGAAGGCAUGGAUAUCGCCGGUUCGGACGACGAUGAAGACGAGGAAGAUGCUUCAGAGGGCGAAGGUUCAUUCGGUGGAUUCUCUGACGCUGAAGAUGAGGAAGAAGAUGAAGCCACCUCCGCCGCUCUUCAACGUCAACGCGAACUCGAAGCCGAACUAACGGGUGCCCAAGUUGAAGAAAAGGUCAUUGACGCAAAAGCCAAUGCAAAGAAGAAGGCAGCGAAGAAGGCCAAAGAGGAAGAUGAAGAGUUAGAGCGCGCGAAGAUGAUGAUGAGCAGGAAGAAGAGGAAGAUUUUGGAGAAGAUGGUUUAUAGUAACAAGAAGAAGGAUGCGGAGGCUGAGGGGCUGAGAUCGAAGAGGCGGAAGAUUGAGAAGGGUGGAAAGGGCGCGGCGAGGGCUUGA